AUGGUUGACUGGGAAUUGGAUCCAGAACAUUUAAAGGUGUCACUAAUCAGGCUCAGUGGAAACGGGACCCUUAAACAAGGAGACUCGUUAAAUCUGAUGUGUGAUGUGACGUGUACACACAAUUCCUCACAGUUCGUGUGGUUUAAAAACAACGAGCUCUUACCUGAAUCAGGACCCGUUCUUCACUUUCCUGCUCUAACCGUGAGGGAUUCUGGGAAUUACACCUGCACUUGGAAAACCAACGUGACAUCAGGAUCUGAAACGAUCAGCCUUCACGUCGAGGGUGUUCUCACUCAGGACGGUGGUUGGUCUGUGAAAUAUCCUGAUAAUCCGAUCUGUGCUGUGAGAGGAUUCAGUGUCUCCAUUCCCUGCAGUUAUUCUUAUCCAACAUCAAAUCCCAAUAUUCAGGUGACACAAAAGCUUUGGUGCUCACUGAACUCCAACACAGAUUUGUGUAAAGUUCCUCCGUAUGUUUAUGACAGCUCAUCAAACACCAGCUCAGACUUUGAGUACGCUGGAGACGACAAAUCAAACUGCACUUCAUUAAUCCACAAUCUACAAUUCAGUUAUUCUGGAGAGUACAGAUUCAGAUUUAUAACUGCUAAUCCUGAUGACAGAUACACAGGUGUUCCUGGAGCGACUCUACAAGUUGCAGAUUUAAAGGUGUCACUAAUCAGGCUCAGUGGAAACGGGACCCUUAAACAAGGAGACUCGUUAAAUCUGACGUGUGAUGUGAACUGCACACACAGUUCCUCACAGUUCAUGUGGUCUAAGAACAACGAGCUCUUACCUGAAUCAGGACCCGUUCUUCACUUUCCUGCUCUAACCGUGAGGGAUUCUGGGAAUUACACCUGCACUUGGAAAACCAACGAGGCCUCAGGAUCUGAAACAAUCAGCCUUCACGUCGAGGGUGAAAAUCCUGAUCAGUGGUUAAUCUGGAUCAUUGUCUCGGUGUCAGUUGGAGUGAUUUUCAUCGUCUCAGUCAUCGUAGGAGCUGUGAUUUACAACAGGAGGUUUCUGAGCGAUUGCAGGAGUGUCCACACUGAGCAACAGAAGAAGGAGGACGCUGCUGAUAUCUACGUUAACGUCCAAGAGAGCGAGGAUGGUGCUAAUAUCUAUGCUAACGUCCAGAAGGAGGAGGACGGUGAUGGUAUCUAUGCUAAUGUGUAA